AUGCAAAUAGUUUCAGCAUUUCCAGAUCCAUUGCCAGUUGAAGCAAACAUAGAUUUUUCAACAUUUUUUGAUAAAGUUGUUAGACCUUAUGAAAACAUUCCGUUAUUGUUUGAUCCUGAAGCUAAUAUAUCAUAUAAAUUCUCUGAAUUACGCUUUUUAGUACAUAGAUUUAUAAUUGCAUUUAAUAAAGGUGGACUUAAACAGGAAGAUGUUAUUGCAACUGUUAUUGGUAAUUCUAUUGAGUUUAUAGCACUUUUUUUGGCAUGUUGUAAACAAAGACUUAUAUUUUGCCCUUUAAAUACAAGUUAUAAAAUAAAUGAAUUGUUAACUUAUCUUUCAAAAGUAAAUCCUGUUUAUUUAAUUGUUGAUCAAGAGUUUAAUAAAGAUUCAUCACAAAUACUUGAAACAAUUUCAUCAAUUAAAGCAAUCUAUCAAAUUGAAAAUUUAAUGAUGGGCUCACCAUUAUUAAAUAAUGAAAAUCCUUAUCAAUUAAUAGAAUUUGACAAUAAAACACCAGCAUUAAUAAUGUUUUCAUCUGGAUCUACUGGAAUUCCUAAACCUGUCCUUAUUUCACAUCGUUCUUUAAUUUAUCAAAUUAAUAUGUUUAUAUGUUUAAGACAAAAUGCUACACAUGAUUUUUUAUUUCUCCAACCAACAGAUACAACAUAUGGGGUUCUACCGUACUUUCAUCUUGGUGGAUUAAUGACAACUUUAACAAUGUUAGUUCAAUCAGUUAAAGUAUUAUUAAAUAAAAAAUUUAAUGAAGAAAUUUUUUAUGAUAAUAUACAAAAAUAUCGUGUUACUACUUUAACAAUUGUUCCUGAAGUAUUGAAAAUUAUGGCUAAUUCAACAAAAAUUGAUAAAUACGAUGUUUCAUCUCUAAAAUAUAUUUACUAUGGUUCUUCUAAAUGUAAUCCAGGAAUCGUUAAAAAGCUAAAAAAAAAAUUUCCUCAUAUAGAAUUAUUUAUACAAUUAUAUGGUUCAACAGAAGGUGGAAGCACAAUUUUUAUGAUGCCUAAAAUACCAGAAGCUCAUGAAAAAAUUAAUUCAGUUGGAGUUUUAUUACCAGGAAUACAAUGUAAACUUAUUCCUAUCAAUGAAAAUGAAAAUGAAAGUGCAGUAAAUGGUCGAGAAAGUGGUGAAUUAUAUCUAAAAAGUGAUAUGUUAAUGAAUGGUUAUUUAACAAAUGAUAUUUCUUCUAUUGAUAAAAAUGGAUGGCUUAAAACAGGGGAUAUUGUUAGUGUUGAUAAUGAAGGAUUUUUCUAUGUUAGUGGUAGAUGUAAAGAAAUAAUAAAAAUUAGAGGAUGGCAAGUUUCACCUAAUGAAUUAGAAUAUGCUAUUAUUGAAGAAUUUAUCGAUAAAAUUGAAGAAUGCGCUGUUACUUUAUACGAAAAAAAUAUCUGUGAUGAUAAUGUUGAAAGUUAUUUAGUUUGUUUAGUUGUUUUAAAAAAAGAACAAACUUUAAAUGGGGAAGAUAUUAUAAAAUUUGUAAGAGAUAACUUUAUAAGUUAUAAGCACAUUAAAGAACCAAUCAAGUUUGUUGAAUGCUUACCAAAAACUUGUAAUGGAAAAUUACUAAGACAUAAAUUAAGUGAAUUAUAUGAUGCAACACCUUCAAAUGAUAGUGUAUAG